UUGUUUAGAAGGCAGCACUGUAUACUCUGACGCUGAUAAAUACCCCUCUUUAUACUUUCUCUCUCUUUUUCUCACCUUUAAAUAAAUAUAUAUUUAAAUAAUAAAUUUAAUGUUGAAUUAAUUUGAAGAGUAUCAUUAUUUUUAUUUUCCUAUACUAUUUUCAGUUGCAUCAUCAGACUGCACAGAGCUGAGAAAAGAAGUGUUGCGUGUUUGGCCGGAGGAUUCUGUUGUAUCGUUGUAUGCGGUUUGAUUCUCUACUCAUUAUACUCUUUUUCAAUGUUUAUAAUUAAAAUUUGAUUUUUUUUGUAACCAUGAUUAUGUGGUUUGGAUUUUUUUUUCUUUUUAUAUUUUGAUUGUUUUGGAUUCUGAAUAUGGUGGUUUUUCUUUUUUUAUUUAUUUAUUGGUAUUAAUAUGAUAAGUGAUGGGUCAAGUUGAAUCUUGAGUGAGUGGAGGUUUAUGGGUGUUGCUGCUCUUGCAUUGGGUUUUUCAAAAGAAGAGAAAUAAUAAGAUAAUGAAAAGGGAAAGGAGAUUGUUUCUUGCAACUAGAUGAAUGUGUUUAUGUAUGAGAAAACCCAGAUGAGAUUCUUUACAAAAGCUACAUAAUUAUUAAUGGCUUAGUAUCCAAACCAGGGAUUGAGGUACUCUUUUUGCUCCUUGUGGAAAAUGGCCAUCAUAGAAAAUGUCCAACAAUGGAGGCGAAUGCAUGUUUUUUAGGUUCCGAGAAAGGGAAAUUUGUUUAGUAUUGUUGGGUGUGGCAAAAUGUGGUGUGUUUGGGGGAUACGAUGCCUUAAUUGUUUGUCUACGCUAGAAAAGUGUAUUAAAGCUUUUUUAGUUUCAGAAAACACAAGUUUUCAAAGUUGCAACAACAGUUUUGCCUUUUGUUAGUUUAAAUGCUUGGCUCCAAGGUGUUUUUGACAUAUAAGCGUAGGAGGCUGACAGGUAAUAGUCAUGCCCCAGGAAAAGGGUGCCAUAAUUCAGUAUCGGUUGAAAAUGAGAUUCUUGGACAAAGUCUGGAUUUGUAUGAUGAACUGAUGGGUAAGCACACCUCAGAAGAUCAAAAGGAAAGUUCUGAGCAUAUUUGUCAGGGGAUAAGCUUAUGCUCUACUUGUAUCAAUAAACAAGAUUCUUCAGCAUCUUCACCAGUACAAGUGUCAAGCUUACUUGAGGCUAAGAUACACAUUGAAGAAUCUAAUGCUGCAGAGAAAACUUUAAGUUCUGAUAAACUUCUGAUGAAGAGUUCUGAUGAGAGUAUCCCCAAAAGGGAAGGAGGUGUACCCUCUUCCGCAGAGGAUUGUUUGCGGAAUAAGACAUGUCACACUCAAAUGAAUUCAUCUUGUGAUGUUAUUACUGACAUUUCAGGCGAUAAUCGAUGCGUUGAAGGAAGAUUAGCUUCUUACUUGACGGGUACUACUGCUAAUACGAGUACGAAUUCUGCUGGAGUAAAAUCAUCUCUUGAAGUAAAAAGCAGCUUUGAAACUCAUGAUACUCUAUUAAAGUCAGAGACAUCAAGCUUGGAAAUUGCUGAUUCAGUUGAUAAAGACAUGUUAAUUUCAAGUAAUGGUUCAGCAGAAAAAGCCCUGUCGAUGGCUCCAUUGCUUACUUUCAGUCGAAGAUGUAAAAAAAAGAGGAAGGACAGUCCUGAUACUCACGGGAAUUUCUUGCUGGAGGAUAGAAAGCAUUCAUUGGCCAGCAAGUGCAGUAAUUCUGCGUCCGGUGAUACUUCAAGUAAAGCAGCUCAUAGGAAAGGCUGCUCUAUAGACCACUCGUCAGAAUUGAAGCCUCCAGCAAGUGUCAAUGAUACUAGUGAUUUGGUUUGCGAAACUGAGAACAAAGUGCUGGAGGUUGAUUCUACAAGUGCACAUGCUAGACUUGUUCUAGAGACAGAAGUUUUGAUUCCAGAGAAAGAAAAACUGAAUGAGAGAAAAAACACAACCAAGGUUGUCUUGCAUGAAGCUGAAAAAGUUCUUGACCAAAUCAACCAGAUUGCAGCUGACUUUCAAGAUCCUCCUAUAGAUUGCUUGGAAAGCUGUUUGCACAAUGCUGCUGAAGACUCAUCCUUGAAUAAGAAUGUAAGUGCAGGUAAACAACCAGAAAAGGACCGUAUAUGUGAAAGAGAAGCUCUGACAAUCUUAACUAAGGGUUCGAAAGAAACAGAAGGAGGACUUCAUCCUCUCCCGGACCUGUCUAUUGCUCCUACUGAUUCAAGUGAUAUUGGGGACUAUACUGUCUACUUGAAAUCCCAAAAGCUAUCUGUAAAUGCUGCAUCAGAAACUUUUUGGGGCUCUUUGGACUCCACUAGCAGAAGUCAUGCCGCUGCUUCCCAUGCUCCAGAAAUCUCAAAUGUGAGAAAUGAGAGAAUAGAGAAUUCUAUAUCGCACCAUUCACAUCUGCGUAGAGAUGCAUGUACAUUUGAAAAAGAAGCAAAUGCCGAUUUCCAGGAUAAUGAUAAAUCUUCUCCUCUUACUAUUGACUUUAUGUCAAGAAACAAAUGUCUUCAGCUUUUCUCAGAUGAAAGAACCGACGACACUUCCCAGUCGAUGAUUAUGCAGCCUGAGGAAACUGCUUGUAUGGUUUCAGAGGAAAAACUAAAUUUUCAGUCUGAAAUGAAAAAUAAUAGAAUGAAAAGAAGAUCUCCACCCUUUUUAUGUCUGUCCUUGCCAACAAAGCCUAAAAGUACUAGGUUUGCCUCCAAAAAUUGUUACACUUCUGUCCACUUGUUGAACUCUGAUGGCCAAACCAGACAACCUUCUCAGGAUGCACUGCCUCGGUCUUCAUCAUGCCAUUCAUCCUCUAUUCUCAGACACAAGUUGAUACUUGAUGGCAUUGUAAACAAAGCUAGAGCCUCUAAGGACAAAUCCAAGCUACUAACAUCUUUCUGGACUGAAGAAGAGUUGGAUUCUCUUUGGAUUGGUGUAAGGAGAUAUGGAAGGGACAAUUGGGAUGCUAUGCUAAGGGACCCAAGAUUGCAAUUUCAACCAUGCAAGAUGGCAAGGGAACUUGCAGAGCAGUGGGAAGAUGAACAAUUUAAACUUUUGAAUGGCACUUUUGCACCACAGUUUCGGCCUUCAAAAGCAGAAGGCAUUUCUUCGAGCUUCAGUUAUCGGGGUACCACAGGAAUCUUUAGAGAGAAUAUGACAGAUGAAACUGAACUCUCACUCGGAGAUGUAUAUACUCAUAGAGAACGCUGCAUCCCAUGGAGGUCUAGAUUUAAGUCAUCUUAUGUGUGGAACAAUGAUUCUGAAUAUCUGCAGGAGCAUGUAAAAAAGCCAACUACAGAUCUCUAUCAUGAUUAUCAAGGGGAAAGUUACGAAGAGGGACCAUUGAAGUGUUUUGGGAGCUGCACUAUGCUAAAAGACCGUCCUUCAUCAGCUAGUUAUUCGACACCUUUCAUGGCAGGGAAGGGCAAUCUCCCUCACUGGCUGAGAGAGGCAAUUUUCGCUUCACCAAUGCAAACUGGACUGCCUCUGCCUCCACCUGCCUCACCAAUAGUUCAGUCACAAAUGAUGCAUGUUGCCUGCCCAUAUUUUGAGUUAAACUUGGGAUGGAGAAGUGAUAUGCACCACCAUUUACAGACGUCAGGAAAUGGUCAUCUUCCCAACCAAUUUUCGGGGAUGAAAUAUGAGACGGCUGAACCAAGAAGGACUUCUUAUGCUGAUAAGCCAGAUGAAGUGAUUGUUAUCAACAGUGAUGCAUCUUCUGAAGAAACAAUAUCAGAUGAUCGUAGUGCCAGGCCAUAGAAGCUGAUUUUGAGGUGCUGUCUUUUAUUUGUCGGGUAACUUGUAGAAAAGUGGUUCAUUAAUUUGAUGUACAGUCUGUAGUUGACAAUUGAAUUUGGCUUUUUAGUCGUAAUUUGUUUUCAUGAUUAGUUUAAUCUUCUCAAAGAUAGAAAUAGCCUUACUUACUAGAUAGUCGAAUGUAUAUAGAGACAAUUGAGUCAUUAUCUGUAUCUUGACUACCGGAUUAGAGAAUGAGAUCCCUUACACAUAUAAAAGAUUUGUAUUCAGACUUCAAAUUGAAAAUGGAACAUGUGCAUCACUUAUUAUUUUUA